AUGAGUUGGCGGGUUGAUGGACGUGUUGCAAAACAAAAUGGGCGAGCCAAAUCUGUGGAUAAGUCAGGUUUAUUUUUUUUUUUGAGUUCAAAAAAUGUAUCAAUUGUCUAGCUAUGAAUGAAAACGGAUUAACGAAAAUUUGAAUUGAACUAGGUUCAAAUUGAGUGCAGACAAAAAAUUGUAUAUGUACCCAAAUCAAUUUCCUCAUUCAUUUUUCCACACACACACACACACAUACACGAAUGAGAAUUUUUCCAAGCUUCGAAUGUGUCUCUGAAAAUUCUAAUAAUAAAAUCUGACGCAGACUAAUUCAAUUCUAGUGCACUUUUACACCUGUUUCGAAAUUUAUUUUCAGGAAAGCUACCACCUGCAAUAACACAAGAAUCACGCGAACGUGCCGAAGCAUUGCGAAAGGUGAGAAAAAUUUUUUUAAAAAUAUAAGAUGAGAUGAGAGAAAAAUUGAAUCAUCAUCAUGAAUAAUUUUCAGGCUUAUGAACGUCCCAGAACAGCAUUUCGCAAUAAUCGGCCAGAUACUGGAAGUGAGUUUUAGAGAAAAUGGGGGGGGGGGGGGAGGGAAUAGACCAACCUUGAAGAAUCUUGGUUACGCUUUCAGUCAUCCGAAAGUUAGCGUAAGUGACCGGAGAAGCGUUUCAAACGUAGCGACCAAAAUGGGCUAACUCUUUUGCCUAGCCGCUAUCUUCACAAUUAAUUUCUGGCUUCAUAAAAAAAAUCCCUUGAGGGCUUCAUAAAAAAAAUCCCUUGAACCAUGAGUCACCCUAACACACUUUUUUUUCAGAUAUUCCUAGCCUGCCAGGGUUUAUCAGCCGAUCAAAUAGUGCCAAACGUGCAUCAACAGCAUAUUCAAAAAAUAUGAAAAGAUCACAAUCAGAAUCAAGAAAUCUUUUGAAAAUGAUUGAUUAUGGGAGGUCUCCGAGCAAAGAAAAACUCAAUGAUUUGCGAGAUGAAUUACAUGAUGCGAAAAAGAAAAUGAUGACAAUGGAAGUUGAGAAAAAACGAAUACAAACACAAAUGCAUCGAGUUUUGAGAGAUUCAGAGAAACGAGAGAAAUAUUUGGAACGUCUAGUAACGUCUAAGGUUAGCGAAGUUUUAUUUUCUCAGAUUUUCAAACUUUAUUUUGAAAAAAAAUUAUUUUUCAGUUCCAACCAGCUGAAUUGAACGACACACAUAUGGCUAGAACUCUAACUGCAAUUCAACGAAAUGAAAUUAAUCGAGAACAUAUCAUUCGAAUGCAAGCCAAGGAGUUAGAGUAAGUGUUCUUUUCAAAAAAUAAUUGACCUUUUUAACCGGAAGUAAACCUCUAUUGAAGUGCAAUUUUUAAACAGAGUUCCUUUGAAAGAAAAACUAUAUAAAAAUACAUUUUCUACAUUUUCAGGGCUCUGAAGAAAUCUCUUGCUGAAUCAAAGAGCCUAGAAGCCCGCGCGAGUUCAAGCAAUGAAGAUGAGUCAGAAUCUGACAUGACAGAACAAUCGGAUUAUCCUGAAGGUAUUUUUUUCUACAUAAAAAGUAGUUCUAAAAAUAAAAAUGAAAUUUUUUCAGAACCAGAACAAAUAAAAUCGAAUGGAAUAUUGAAAAAGAUACAAGAAAAUCCGUUGAAAUUGGAGAAAAAUAACAAUAUGACACCACCGCCAAUUGAAAAUGUCAAAAAAGAAAAAGAGAAGGAAAAAGAGAAAAGCAUUGACUCGGAAAAAGUGCGCAAAAAAUUAGAGUAUGUUUCAGUCGCACGUUUAUCGAUUCGAUUAACCCAAGUUUUUUUUUCAGAUUAGCAAAAGCCUAUGCUGAUCAAAACGCUAAAUUGAAAGAAAGGUUGAGAGAAUUGAAGCAAAAUUAUAUAACUGCUCAACAGAAAAAUAAAGAAAAGGAGAAUAGUUUGAAAAAACUUUCUAGCAAUCACUUGGAAGGUUAGUUUUAUUGGUGCUGGAUUGUUUUUAUAUAUGUUUUCUUUACAGAAAACAAAAAAGUGACAAUGCAAAGUCAAGAACUUGUCUCAACUGUUGAACAACUGAAAAACGAAAAUGUGACGCUGAAACAAGAGAAAAAUGUGACAAAGGAGCAAAUUGAAGAAUUAACGCAAGAGUUACGUGAAGCUUAUGGAGAAAUUGAUGCGCUAAAGUGAGUUUAUUGAUUUUUUAAUCCAAAGUUGGACCGGCAAAUUUUUGAGAAAAUUGUUUUUUUUUAUCAAUCACAAAAAAACCGUCAUUGAAACACCUCUUGUGAUCCUUUCUAACAACCUAUUUCAGAAUGGAAAACGAACAUUUACACGAUUUGAUUCUCGAUCUCGAAUCAAGGUAUGGAGCAGCUUCAAAACCAGUUCAACUCGUAGAUCCAAUACCAUUGAAAAAAGAGAUUCAGUAAGCUAUAAUGUUGUUUGGUAUUGAUUUGUGUUUUCUUCCGAUUUUUUCAGUAUUCCGAAAUUGAAUAUGAAUUUGAUUGAUUCCAGAGAUGAAAGUUCAAUUCUUUCCGAUUCAUCAGCCAGAAGUCGAGCUUCGAUAACAAAUGUAAGGGAGAACCUGGGAAUUAGAAAAAAUUGACUAAAAUUUUCAGAUUGAUCAAACUGCAUUGGCAAGUGCACUUGCUGAAAUACUUGGAGCACAUGCUGAAAGAAUUUGUAUUGCCAGUCGAACUUAUUAG